UUUCCUUUGUUUGUUUUUUUUUUCUAACUUACGGGCGAUGGAAGCAUUGCGAGCUACUUACGGAGACUCUUCAUCGGACUCCGAUACCGACGAUUUUACCCCGCCGAGUUCCGUCGCUGCAAAUUCCGGCGAGAAAUCAACCUCUGUGGAGCACGAGAGGGAGCCGAUAACCCUACCUCCUCCACCGCUUUCGCUUCUAGAUUCCAUUGGAUCCACAGAAGGUUCGCUAGAUUUCUUCGCAACAGAGCCUGGGGUUCGAGUAAGGAACUUCCCUCAUGUCGAUGGCAAUUACGCCUUGCACGUUUACAUCCCUGUUUCUAUACCUCUAUUGCCCAAGAAGGAGAUUGUCUGUUUUCUAAAGAGGGUUGCAUCGGCUGUUCCUAAUCUUCAUUUGGUGGAAGCUGAUGUUCCACUUAGCAUCCUGUGCAAGGAUGAUCAGAAGCUUGAGCGUGCCUUGGGGAGAGAGUUUCACAUAAGCUUGGGAAGAAGCGUUCCUCUACGUGUUCAUCAGAUUAACUCAGUUGUUUCUUUGCUUAGACAGAAGCUUCAGUUUCACAAAAGAUACUGGAUCGAUUUUAACAAGUGGGAAGUCUUUGUGAAUGACGACUGUACUCGCUCUUUCCUCUCUUUGGAAAUCACCACUUCUGGACUAUCUGAGAUAUGUAAGCAAAUUGAUGCUGUUAAUGAAGUUUACAAGCUUCACAAUCUGCCAGAGUUCUACAAGGAUCCGCGACCGCAUAUAUCCUUGGUCUGGGCGUUGGGUGAUAUUAGAGCUUCUCUAAAGGGAGCUGUUGACAGAGAACUGAGUAAGCUUAGAGCUGGUGGUUGCUUGCAGAAUCGUAUCUUCACCACUAAGUUUUGUGGGAUCGAAUGUAAGAUAGGAAACAAAACACACAAGAUAUGUAAACUUCCAGAUGAAUAAAUAAAAUCUCGAUUUCUCCGUGGUCGAAAACCUUUCAGGUAUGCACUUGUAACAACAAUAAAUAAACAUCCAGAUGAGUUUCUCUGUUUAUCCUAAAUCCAUAAUAAUAUCAUUCAUAAUGACAA